AUGGGAAAACUACAGAAUGAAGAUCCUCGUUGGCAUUCAAUAAAGGAAACUUUGGCAAAACCUGGAAACGAUGAUCUGAAGAGACUGUACAAAGUUGAGGACGACGUCUUAUUUUUCAAAGGGCAUCUUGAUUCAGAUUAUUGGAAGGAUGCAGAGAAAACCAUUUUGUCAGCUGAAAAUGCGACGGCAAGGCCGCCGGACAGCCUGUGUCCCGUGUUCGGUUCCAGACUGCCCGCGCAGCACAGAAGUGCCCCGUCAGCUGACGCAAGGACAGGCGGCUGGAGGCUGGGCUGGGCUGGGCUGCUGUUGUGCGGGGGCAACAGGUGCGCGUGGGCAGCAGGCUGUGCUGUGCUGUGCUGUGCUGCGCUUUGCUGCGGCCGACUUUCGCCGCAGCCGCCAGUUCGCGCCGAGUCGCCGGCGAGCGUACACCUAGAGUUCCGCCAGCUGCCGCUGCCCUUCCCCACGUCUCCCGCGAUGCAGACGCUGCUGCUGCUGGUGGCGGCUUCGACGCUGUCCGCCGCUCUGGGCAGGCCCACCCUCUACCACGUCAAUGACAACGACAAACUGGAGCCAGUAAUGGUUCCAGUAUCUUCGACAGUGAUUCCGUUGCCAAUCUACCAAGUUAGUUCAGGAGUGGAGUUUGGAGGAAAAGACUACAAGAACCACAAGCCUGAUGAGCCUAUAAAGCUAAUUACAGCUACAAAAAAGAAGACAAGUAUCAAAAAAGUUGAGGACAACACUGGUGAAUAAAGCAAGUAACAUCAUUUAAUUUUCCCACACAGCAUUAAAAACCUUUCUCUGGGGAAUAUUUCAGCAACCACCCAGUACUAAAUACAAAGAUUUUCAUGUAACUGUUACCAGGCUGAACUCAUGUUAAUGCUAAACUAAUGUGAGAAUGACAUUCAAGUACAUCUAUAACUGCAAACAAUUAUCACAUAAAUGUCUCUUACUGUAACCCCCAUUUUGUAACAGUAUUAACAAGAAUGUGUAAUAAGUCAACAUAUCACCCCAUCUAGAUGAUAAUAAUAUUGAUAAGUGAAAUUAAUGUGUUAGGAAAAUAAAAUGCUUUGCUUAAUAUAUUACAAAUAAUGUAUAAACUAAUGUAAAUAUUAAGAAAACCCAGAGUUAUAUACACAAGUUAAUUUUAUUUAGUUACUCUGUUUUACACAAAAUUUCAAAACAGAAUACAGUUUUAAGGUUGUACAGACAUAUAUACAAAUCGAUAAGUGCAGUGCAAUAAAAAUUCUAAUGUUGUUUUUCAGACUACAAGGUGUUUCAUGUAAAUAUAUUUUAAUGAACAUUAUCAGUUGGAAGCAAAAAGAAAGUAUAUAUCAUGUAUAAAAAAAAUUACUGUAUGUACAAUGCUACUCGAUAUGUAUUUCAUUAGGUUAUACAAGUGGCACUUAAACCUAAUUCUAUCGGUAUCAAAAACAUUUGAAUAUAUUUUUGUAAAUAAUGUGAAAUAAACAUAAUGCAAGAAUU